CCCCCCCCCCCCCCCCGCCAUUACAAACCAUGACCGCGGUCCAGUUUUCCCGGCGGCUCUUUUCCCAGUCUCCCCCUCUUUUGCCUUGGACCUCGGGCCCCACCUUCGCAGCAAGAACCUUUGCUUCCAGACGUGCUGCCAUCCAGGAAAAUAACCAGGUGGCCAGUCAGUCCGACGAGGAGUUCACGGCGGCCAGAGAAUGGCUGGCCGCCUUCCAUAACAAUACCAUCCCGCGUCAUAUCGGCGAAAUUUCGUUCAGUCGGUCAGGUGGUCCCGGGGGCCAGAAUGUAAACAAGGUGAACUCCAAGGCGACCCUCAAGGUACCGCUCCAAUCGCUAUUGCCGCUAGUGCCGGCCAUUUUGCAUCCGCUACUGCGGUCAUCCCGCUAUCACGCAGAGAGAACCCAGAGCCUGGUCAUACAAUCCGAGGAGUCGCGGAAACAGACCGCCAACGUGGAGUCCUGCUAUGAAAAGCUCCACCUGCUGCUCAAAAGUACCGCCCAGGAGGUGAUUCCCGGGGAGACUUCGCGGGAGCAACGCGAUCGCGUGCAUAAAUUAAAAAAGGCUGAAAAUGAGGCAAGAAUCAAGACGAAAAAGCUGCACAGCAGCAAAAAAAGUAGCCGACGGGGUGGUGGUAAAUAUGACGAAUGAUUUGAGAUGCUAACUUUUCUUGGUCUAUACCCACGAAGACUCUUUGGAGUCUUCUGUUUCUGUCCAUUAAUAAUAAGAUGGUGCCCCCCCGAUGAACGCCCUUUUUUGAUGAGAUGCCUAGUAAACCGCCCUACUGCUGAAGAACCUGCUCCGCCUUCUGAAUGGUGGCAGCCAGGACCAUCCGCAAGGACGGGUCGAGGUCUUCCGUCUUCUCCAAUGGUUGCAGCCAGUUGAUGACCUCUCUGGCAAUCUUGGGCUGGUCCCGGUGGUCCCUCAGGCGAGUCAAGGAUGUACCCAGAGCACGCGGGAAUUCGGGGGAAGUGACGCGGAAGCCAGCAGUAGGCAGCUUGAUAUAGCAGAAUUGCGUGUGGUGACUGUUGGGCUUGGAUUCUUGCAUCGCCGCAACGACGUGUUCCAGAAUCUUGGGAAUGCAUGGCACAUCUUCGAACUCGAAGGCCAUAUCGUAG